AUGACCGAUUCAUCUAUUCCACCACCAAAAUGCCAGGAAACAAAAGAUGAUGAUCAACAAUGUGAACAAACAGUGGAAGCUGAGGAAAAAGUUGAGGACAUUAGCAAUGCAGUGGAAGAGAUGGAACCAGAGGAACAAGAAGAAGCAGGUGUUGAAGAAAGCAUUCCAGAUUGGGUUCAUUCGUUGCUGAGGAAGAAAUUUUUUAAAGGUUGUUUGGUCCAUGAUGCCGGCAAACAAAAUGAGACGAACAAGUAUUGUAUCACUUGUGAUCUUGCUGCUUGCAAGCAUUGUAUCUCGUCGGGUUCCCAUGAUGACCACAAAGUUCUCAAGAUCCAUCACCAUAGCUACCAAGAUGUCGUACCCUUAAGUGAGAUGCAAGAUCAUUUUGACUGCAAAAGAGUCCAGCCAUACAAGUGCAACAAGAAAACAAUUGUUUCAUUGCAUCCUCUCCCACACUGUGGAUCAGGGGCACAAUGUCAAGCUUGGGCUUGCUGUGAUAUUUGCCGGAGAAAAUUGUUUGACCCCAAACAGUACCACUUUUGUUGCAUUUCAUGCAAGGUACAUGCAUUUUACAAGAACAAAGGAAAGAUACCUCCACUUUUAUUGCAGAGUCGACGUAUGGUGGGCUUGGAGAGGGUCGGAAGAAGUGAGAGUAGCAAGCGAAAAAGGAAGGGAACACCACAAAGGGCUUCUCUUCCUUAG